CAUAUAGCUCUGGUUGGACCAUGCUAGUUUACAACCUCAUGUGUUGUGGAACUUUUUUAACAUAUUAUGGUUGAUAACUUUAACAUUAUACCUCAUAGCACAUAUCGGCUCUAGUGUGAAGUCCUCAUGAGGUGAUGCUGCAUGUGUUGCGCUCUCCUCUGCAGAGGACUCUCAUCCCUCUACAAUGGAGAUGUCAACGCUGCCUCUUCUCCUUCAAGCCUCAUUCUCUUCAGGGCGAGGAGUCCACGGAGAACCGCAUGAACCCCCUGAACAUUCAGAUGCUGUCAAAGAACCUCCAUGACCAGAUCUUCCGAGGGCAGGAACCAGAGUACAGAGAGGAGGAAGUGGAGCGCAGCAUCAGGCACCUGCAGAAACAUCAGCUGUGGGGGAAGGAAAUUUCACUGCUGCCUGAAGUGGAGCUGAAGCUUCCCCAAAUGUAUGGCAACAAUAUUGACGAGCACUUUCGAAUCUUGGCCCAGAAGCAAAGUCUACCCUACCUUGAGGCGGCCUCCAAGCUGCAGCUGGCGGAGAUCCCUGCCAUGCCUCAGGAGUGGAGCUGGGAGGUCGGCUGGACACGCUAUGGGCCAGAUGGGGAGAGUCAGAAGGUUGAUUUCCCGGAGGAGACUGCACUGGUGUUUGAUGUGGAGGUGUGCAUGGCGGAGGGAAGGUGUCCCACAAUGGCUGUUGCUAUGUCUCCCACUAACUGGUACUCCUGGUGUAGUAAGCGUCUGAUUGAAGAGCGGUACUCGUGGUCAAACCAGUUGACGCUAGCUGACCUCAUCCCCUUGGAAACAUCGAUCAACUCUGCCCGCCCACCAGGGGGUCAGUGGAAGGAGAAGCUCAUAGUAGGCCAUAAUGUCAGUUUUGACAGAACAUUCAUUAAGGAGCAAUACUUACUAAAGGGUUCUAAGGUGCGCUUCAUGGACACCAUGAGCCUUCACAUGGCCAUCUCUGGGCUGACAGGGUUUCAGCGCACACUGUGGAUGGCCAAUAAGAUGGGUAAAAGGAGGGGUCUUCAGGAGGUCAAGGAACACUUUAAAAAAGCUGGACAGAAACGGGAAGGUCCAGUGAUCGGCUCCUGGGACUGGGUUAAUAUUAGCAGCAUUAACAACCUGGCUGAUGUCCAUGCUCUGUAUGUGGGAGGACCGCCACUGAAGAAAGAGGCCAGAGAGAUAUUUGUGAAGGGCAGCAUGGCUGAUGUCAGGAACAACUUCCAGGAGUUAAUGCAGUACUGCGCCAUGGACGUCGAGGCCACACAUCACGUCUUCACAGAACAGCUUCCCCUCUUUAUGGAGAGGUGCCCUCAUCCAGUGACGUUCGCAGGGAUGCUGGAGAUGGGUGUGAGCUACCUCCCUGUCAAUCACAACUGGGGGCGUUACCUGGAAGAUUCUCAGGACAUUUACGAAGAGCUACAGAGAGAGAUGAAGAAAUCUCUGAUGACUUUAGCGGAUGAUGCCUGCCAGCUGCUGCAGGAUGACAGAUAUAAAGAAGACCCCUGGCUCUGGGAUCUUGAGUGGGACGUACAGGAGUUCAAGGUGAAGAAAGUACCAGUCAGCAAAAAUAAAAACUCCAAAAGGGAAGCAGAAACAAAAGUUGGUACUCCACUUCCAGACUCGGAAGAAGACCCAGGCCCACCCUCUGAAGAGACAGAAGGCCCUUGCCCCAGCAGGCUGGCUGUGGAGAAGCUGAAAGACACAUUGAGUCGACUUCCUAAGAGAAGACAGCAUCUGCCUGGCCAUCCAGGCUGGUACCGUAAGCUGUGUGAGAAGAUGUCUGCGGGGGACAGCUGGUCCCCGGGAGCCAACCUCAUCAGUCUACAGAUGAGAGUCACUCCUAAGCUGAUGGGUCUGACCUGGGAUGGCUUCCCCCUGCACUACACAGGCAAACAUGGCUGGGGCUACCUGGUGCCUGGACGCAGGGAUAACCUGGUGUCAGAGGAGGAGGAGGAGGGGGAAGGGCCUGUGUGCCCUCACAGAGCUAUUGAGAGUGUUUACAGAGAGUAUUGUGAGCAGAACAGCAAAGCACGUCCUGAGUCUCAGGACUGCCACCCUUCAGAGGACCUCGUGUGGACGGACAGCGCCGUGUGGGCCAAGGUGGAGGAGUUUGGCUCCUUGGAGAGUCUGACAGAGGAAAAUGGAGUCAGAAUGAUGAAAAAUGGGGAGAAGAAGACAAACAAGUUUCAAGAUCCACAUAAGGUCCCAGAGGAGAGCCACUGCCAUCACCAUGGAAACGGUCCCUACAGCGAUGUUGAUUUUCCAGGGUGCUGGUUUUUCAAAUUACCUCAUAAGGAUGGAAAUCACAACAAUGUCGGCAGUCCCUUUUCAAAAGACUUCCUGCCCAAGAUGGAGGAUGGGACCCUCAGGGCCGGACAUGGUGGAACCAACGCUACACGAGCUCUGGAGAUUAACAAAAUGAUGUCCUUCUGGAGGAAUGCCCAUAAACGCAUAUGUUCUCAGAUGGUGCUGUGGCUGCGAAAGGCGGAGCUCCCUCGUACUGUCAGCAGACACAAAGAGUUUGAUGAAGAGGGCCAGUAUGGGGCCAUAUUACCUCAGGUCGUCACCGCUGGAACCGUCACACGCAGAGCCGUGGAGCCAACAUGGCUGACAGCCAGUAACGCACGGCGGGACCGGGUGGGCAGUGAGCUGAAGGCCAUGGUGCAGGUGCCCCCUGGAUAUCACCUGGUGGGAGCAGAUGUCGAUUCUCAAGAGUUGUGGAUCGCUGCUGUGCUCGGAGAGGCUAACUUUGCUGGCAUGCACGGCUGCACAGCGUUCGGCUGGAUGACCCUGCAGGGGAAGAAGAGUCAGGGCACCGACCUGCACAGCCGCACUGCAGACACUGUGGGCAUCAGCCGAGAGCACGCCAAGGUGUUCAACUACGGACGCAUUUACGGAGCGGGACAACCCUUUGCUGAGAGGCUGCUGAUGCAGUUCAACCACCGGCUCGAUCAGACAGAAGCUGCCAGUAAGGCCAUGCAGAUGUACGCCUUGACAAAGGGCAUACGCAGGUACCAAUUGUCCGAGGAGGGUGAGUGGCUGGUCAAUGAACUGGAUAUAGAGGUGGAGAGGGAGGAAGAUGACAGUGUCACCCUGCAGGAGUUAAGAAGGAUCACUAGACUGGCCUCACAGUGCUCUCGGCGGAAGAGGUGGGAUCUGGUGGACAAACGCCUGUGGGCGGGAGGUACGGAGUCGAGUAUGUUCAACGAGCUGGAGAGGAUCGCUCAUUCAGCCCAGCCAGCCACUCCGGUUCUAGGCUGCAGGAUCAGCAGAGCCCUGGAGCCCGCGGCAGUGAAGAAUGAGUUCAUCACCAGCAGAGUGAACUGGGUGGUGCAGAGCUCAGCGGUGGACUACCUCCACCUGAUGCUGGUGGCCAUGAAGUGGCUCUUAGAGGAGCACGACAUCGAUGGACGUUUCUGCAUCAGCAUCCACGACGAGGUGCGGUACCUGGUCUGCAGCGAAGACCGCCACCGAGCAGCGCUGGCUCUACAGAUCACAAACCUGCUCACAAGGAGCUUGUUCGCCCAUGCGUUAGACAUGAAGGACCUUCCCCAGUCAGUAGCUUUCUUCAGUGCCGUCGACAUUGACCAGUGUCUGAGGAAGGAGGUCAACAUGGACUGUGUGACCCCCUCCAACCCCACAGGUGUUGAGAGAAGAUACGGCCUAGCGCCUGGUGAGGCCUUGGACAUCUACCAAAUACUGGAUAUCACAAGAGGCUCUCUGGACAGAGGGAGAUAGCACUGUGUGGGAGAAGCCUCUGUUAGUCAGAACAGCUCAAACGCACGACUUAAAGCCAUUCAGCAGCUGGGCAAGUUCCACAUCAGUGAGGCUGAUUCUUAGCUCACUGUUUCCUCUUCUUCUUU